AUGGUUUUCACACGGAAGCGACAGGCGGAGGACGAUGCUGCUCAAAUUGAUGUAAUAGAUGCAGCAUGCUCUGCAGCCGUCUCUUCCGGCACUGCCCCUUCUGCACCAUUGACAGAAGAUGCGACGGCCACUUCAAAGAAGCAGAUCCGCAAAAUUUCUGCAGUUAAACACCAAGGAACUCUGAAUGGGAAAUGGCCAGUCCGGAAGCAGAAGAAGGUCAAACUUGCGGAUCGCGACGACGAACAUGCAGGGAACAUCAACGGCCAAUUGCCAAAGCAGAAGCAGAAGCAGCCUCAGGUCAAGAUUGAGAGUGACGAAGAAGAACAUGCAAGCAAAAAUGCGCCAUUCACCAAGGCAGAGCCUGGGCCAGCCACCAAGGGACGUCGGUCGAACAAGAUGGUCCCAAUCAAUCAGAACACCGGAGAAGACGAGGAGUAUAGUCCAGCAAUCGCUUCGACAAUUUCUGAUCAACGCCAACAACCAAUUCGGUUUCUCCGCAGACGAGGCCAGGGUGCAAUCGUUCGAACCGUGGGUGUAAUCACGCUCAAAGUCGCUCCACGCAGAUUGGCGGGUUUGUCUCGUCGAAUGCAUAUGAGAAAGCUUGCAGGAGAGCGACAAUUGCAGAAGAAAGCCCUUGCAGCGGAAGGUAUUGAGGCGCCUACCACCAACAAGUGGAACUUCACAUUCGGUGUUAGCAAGUUGGAGUACCACAAUGCACCAAGACCAAGCGACAUCGAACUUGUUGCGGAAAUUUUGGGGCGAGAGCGCCCAUCUCUGCUCGCCCAAGCCAGCCAAGACAGUGCUGCCACACCUAUGCAUUCCGGGAAACAGUUCACUAUUGAUGCAAUCGUCCGUGUGAUCCUAUCUCAGUCAAGCACAAAUGAGGGUGCACUCGACGCUCAACAAUGUAUGCUCCACGCCUACCCUUAUAUCGUCAACGGCCAAAAGGUAGUUGGUACAAUACCAAACUAUCAUCUGAUGCGGAUCCAAAGCCAAAGCAAGCUUGACAAGGCGCUCAAAAGAGGAGGACUCAAUGCCAUCAAAGCUAAGGCCAUCAAAGACUUCCUCGAUAAAAUUCACAACAUUAACCUCUCCUCGCUCAUGGCUGGAGAAGUGACUUACAGGUACAAUGCGCCGAACGCUCCAGAUUUUGUGCCAGGCCUACUUUCAGUGGAUUAUCUGAGAACCAUAUACAUCACCAAAGGCAAGCAGGCCCUAUUUGAUCAUCUGGUCGGCUUCAGCCUGAUCGGUGUCAAGUCGGCGUCUUGCAUCAUGGCCUUUGGUAUGGAGCUCCCCGUAUUUGCGGUCGACACUCAUGUUGCAGGGAUGGCUAAGUUGCUCGGUUGGGUUCCUCAGGACGCAAAGGAGGACGAUAUGUGCUCACAUCUGGACGCAAAGAUCAACGAUGACAUAAAGUUUGAUCUCCAUCAAGAUUUCUGGCGCCAUCGUCGCGCUUGUGCAAGAUGUGGCCGAAGUUCUCCAGGGUCCUGGGCUUAUGAGAAUAGCACUUGUCCUUUGGAGCUCUUGAUCACCCGCCCCAAGCCAAAAGAAGUCGCGACCGGCAAAGAAAAGUCGGUCGGCAAUGCAAAAGAUUCCAGCGAAGUCGAAGUGUCCAAUAUUCGAACAAGUGGCAAAGCGAAAGCCUCAAAUAGAGCGAAGGUGCCAACAAAGAAACAGCCACGUCCACCUGUCAUCAAAAAGGUAGACGAAAACGUGCUCAAAGCACGAGAAAAUGCACUCAUCGCACAGGGAAAGAUCAAGGUCACCUAUCGUGUCGAUGACGAUUUCGAUGCUGCAAGCAACGUUUUCACAAUCAGGUCAGUGUGGAUCGAAGACUACAGCAUGGUCGAGGCAGAUGUCCAGCUGGUGCCAGAGGACGAAGGACCAGUUGAAGAACUUGAAAUUCCACGGAAGCGCGACGUCGCAUCUUUGAAAUGCGUAGAGAUUUGA